UACUUAGUUUUAUUAAGAAGCCGAGAAGGUUCUUUCCCCAAUUUUUGGAUUGCCCUUCGUGUAAAGCCAUCUCUGCGUUCUCCAGCCAUACGAGCCCCGACCAGCAGCCGCACCAUCGCGCGCCCCUGAGUAGCAGCAUCGCUGCGCCAUCUGUAGCCUUCUGCCCGCACCGCACCGCACCGCACCGCCGCAUUAUUUCGGUCCUCUCCGGCGCUGCACGCCGCGAAAGAGCAGCUGCACCGCUUCAUCUGAAGCCUCCUGCCAUUGCCGCACCACCGCAUCUGGAGCGCCGACUGCCUCCUGUCCUCUCUAGUUUCCACCGCUGCACCUCCCCCUGUUUGCACUCAACGGUUGAUCAUUCUCAUAGUUGUUAUGCAAAGGGGUCCUAGAGCUUAGGCACUAGGUGCAAUGUUCUUGAGAGGUCAAGCUUGGGAAAGAAAGAGCUAGAAAAUUCAUAUCAAGCAAAAAUGGUUUCUGGGCUUAUAAACCCCAAUCCAAUUGUUUAUGAAAAGAAAGAGUGCAGGGUUCGAAGUGUCCCAAGCAAUGUUGAUGAGUAUGCUGUUGAGCCAAUUGAUCAACUGGAAAUUUUUGAUCAUAUUAGAGAUAUAAAAGAUCCCGAACAUCCUUACUCUUUGGAGGAGCUUAAAGUGAUAACAGAAGAUGCGAUUGAAGUUGAUGACAAAAAUAGUUAUGUUAGAGUGACAUUUACUCCAACGGUUGAACACUGUAGCAUGGCAACAGUUAUUGGUCUUUGCUUGCGUGUGAAGCUUAUGAGAAGCUUGCCUUCUCGUUACAAGGUGGAUAUAAGGGUGGCACCCGGAACCCAUGCAACUGAAGCUGCAGUUAAUAAACAACUAAAUGAUAAAGAGCGAGUGGCAGCAGCCUUGGAAAACCCGAACCUAGUGGCGAUGGUUGAUGAAUGCUUGGCGCAGUCUUUUGCUUGAACGUGUUUCUACAGAAUGCGGGUUGCAAACUUCUAUGUUUGUGAAGUCUUUAGUAUUAGUUCUAGUUCUCACGAGUCAUGACCACAUUUUACUCCUGACCAUUUCUAUGAUUGUAAUAAGGUUUAAAGCUCUAAAUGCAACUAUGAGUUAUUUA